GAAAUUUGUUGGGAAAAUAACAACAAAUCAUUUUUCUAUCCAUCCUCUAUUUACACCCAGGUGCGGGACAAAAUUUCCAAAUUUUUCUAUUUUUCUGCUUAAUACCAGUGCGCAAUAAUGGGAAACAAACAAGUGAAGCAACAUUUUGAGACUGCAAAGAAAACGGGUGUGCUGAAGAUAUCGCUACUGCGACUCGACGAGUUUCCUUCGGCACUGAAAACAUUCCCGAACGUGUUGAAAACAUUGGACAUAUCGGAGAAUCGAUUCACGGUUUUGCCGGAUGACAUCGCGAAAUUCACAAUCCUCAAACAUCUCAACGCUAGCGGAAACAAAAUUGCCCUAGUUCCCGAAUGCAUUGGUGUCUUGGUUAAGCUGGAAACUCUAAAUAUGAUGAACAAUCUGCUCACGGCCGUACCAAGGAGUCUGUCGAGCUGUACCCAUCUAAAGCAAGUAAUACUCAGCAACAAUCAGAUCAACACCUUCCCGGUAGUGCUCUGCGAGCUGAAACAGUUGGAUCUGCUAGACCUGUCGAGGAAUAAAAUAACCGAAGUUCCCUCAGAGGUGAAAUCGUUGCAAGCCACCGAGUUGAACUUGAACCAAAACCAAAUUACCAUCGUCGCUGAAGAGAUAGCCGAUUGUGCUAAGCUGAAGACGCUGCGCCUGGAAGAGAACUGUCUGCAGAUAUCCGCCAUACAUCCACGAAUGCUGAUCGAAUCGAAAGUUUGCAAUCUAUGCAUCGACGGCAAUCUUUUCAACUCGAAGCAGUUCAGUGAACUGCAAGGAUACGAUGCAUACAUGGAGCGGUAUACUGCAGUUCGGAAAAAGAUUUCUUAAGAUGACCCGAUUUGAUCACAUGAUCGUGAUAACUUUGUCCGAGACCAGCUGGCUCGUGUUUGGAAGUAAUUUAUUGAAAAGCGAUCGCUAUGAACCUGUUUAGAUAAAUAUGCAUUCACCUAUCACCACGUUUUAACGAAAUGCCUGCAACGAUCAUAUUCUUAUACACCGUUUGUUGAUAGAUAUAUUUAGUGUGUAAGACGUGUCUAGCAGAAUACGCUGAUUUGCUGAUGUAAAAGAACGAUUUGUUAUCAUUUGCAUAUUAUGAAAUAAAUUAUAUGUCCGUCAUGUAAUGAAAA